AUAUGGACUAUACUGUAAAGUAUUACCCAACAAGAGGAACUGGCUACCGUAAAGUGUGGACUUUUGUUGUAAAGGUGACCAAAGAAGUCGCAAAUUCACGAGAAGCGGAAGUUAGCUUCAUCGACAUGACGUUUGAUGUAGGCUGGGAUAGGCUCCGGCUCACCACGGAGGACACCUUGGACUGGUGACCAGUCAAUCGCAGGAUACAAAGUGGGUCACAUGACAGACCGUGACGUCAAACGGAUUAGGCUGCCUUAAAUAUUAUUGAAAGACAGAUGACAUGUCCCGAGUUGGGUCCACAAAGUAUAACCCAGGAAUGAAGCGACACCUGAUUUCUGGUUUAGUUUAGACAAAGUGUCCCGUGGCAUGGCCCUGGAGACGUCCCCAUUUCCCAACCGGUGUGCUGCCGGCGUCCAUGCGGCGGGAUGGGUUUUGAUUCUACCUUGCUUCUGGUUUCUUGACCGCCUCAUCGCCGUGUGCAAGUCGACCACGCUGGAGCAGACGCACAGACAAGAGGAGGAAUGCUACCUCCACCCCCUCAAGGUCGUCUUCGGCUCUAUCACCUUCCUUAUUCUGUUUCUCUUGACGGCGCCCAUAGCCUUGCUGGGUUUUCUGCUGUGGGCACCGCUGCAAGCGUGGCGCAGACCCUUCUGCUACCACCGAGAUGCGACGUCGCUGCAGUGUGAGACCCACAGUGGCUUUGAGCUAGAAGGAAAGGCAUCGUUUGGCUUUGCAUCAGCCAACUUGUGUCUUCUCCCCGACAGCCUCGCUCGCUUUAACAACCUGGGACACACUCAGCGCAGGGCUCUUGCUAUUGGCGAGUGCAUAGCGCAGGGCGUGGGCCGUCCCAACAUCCGCAUCUUUAUCGACUCCCCCAGCAGCUGCAGUACUCUUAGCCCCUCCAACAGUAUUGUCCGCGCGCUUAAUUCCUCCUCAUGUAGUGCCACAGACAGACAGACUGCGCCCCCCGAGAGUGAUGUAUUUGGAGUAAAGGCCUGCAACGGAGCGGUUUAUGUACCUUGUGGAGAUACAAAGGAGCCGUCUGCUGAGUUACCAUCCAUCCAGCACAACUCCAACCACAACGCUAACCAGCAGGGGCCAACAGGUCAGCGCAGGGCACCUCGUGCUUUACUCUCCCAGGGUCUUGGCCAACAGGGUGAUGUGCCCUGGGAAGUGUCAACGUUGUUUCCUGCCAAUGUGGACAUUCUUUGCUUAGAGGAGGUGUUCGAUAAAAGGGCCGCACAAAAACUCACCUGUACGCUGAGUCCUUUUUUUGGGCACAUACUCUAUGACAUUGGAGGAUACGCCUGCCAACCACCGUGCAGCUGUUCCACUUUCAAGUUCUUCAAUAGCGGCCUCUUCCUUGCCAGCCGAUUUCCCAUCCAGGAGGCUGAGUACCACUGCUUUCCGAACAGCCGAGGGGAAGACGCGCUGGCUGCCAAGGGCCUCCUCGCCGCUAAGGUGGUGAUCGGGAAGAACCAGAAGCAGAAGAAAGUAGUUGGUUAUUUUAACUGUAUACACCUCCAUGCACCAGAAGGUGAAGGAGAGAUCCGCUGUGAGCAAUUAAACAUGGUCACCAAGUGGAUCGGGGACUUCCAAGCAGCCAACAGGCAGUCCGACGAGGAAGUGGCUUUUGAUGUACUCUGUGGCGACUUUAACUUUGACAACUGCUCACCAGAUGACACUUUGGAACAGAACCACUGCCUCUUUGAGGAAUACAAAGACCCUUGCAGGGCAGGACCAGGGAAAGAGAAGCCCUGGGUCAUUGGUACUCUACUAGAGCAGCCGACACUGUAUGAUGAGUGUGUAAACACUCCAGAAAACCUACAAAGAACUUUAGAGAGUGAGAUGCUCAGAAAGAGUUACAUCUCCCCUCCCGUUCCUGCCACAGGCUCACCAUUGGUUUACCCUGAAACUGACCAGCCGUGGAUUGGUCGCAGGAUUGAUUAUAUCCUGUUCCGGGAAAAGUCCAUUUCAAAGCACUGCCAAACAGAAGUGGAAGAGGUAUCGUUUAUAACCCAGCUGGCUGGCCUGACAGACCAUAUCCCUGUGGGCUUAAGACUACAUGUAACAAUGGACUCCUGAUGGCGUUAGAACACCAUGUCAUGUUCAGAAAAGGGAACAAAAUGUACAAAUGUACAUUGCUGAAAAGCCACAAUAAUUUGAUGUUUACAUAUUUUGAUUAGAGAAUUAUUGCUGAUGCACUCACACAUCAAACCUAUGUGAAACAUCUCAGGUGGUAUUAAUAAUAUAUGGGUUUGUCUGGGUACGCGAUGUAUCUAAUGUUGUACAUUAAGGCUUUUUCUAGAUUUUGUACAUGUACUGUUUUUAUAAUUCACUACGGGAAUAAACAUACCAUUUUUUUUACAAUGCCAUUCUCUUUUGCUAAAGUUAACACUUACAAAGCACAUUUAAAUGCAUGAAUUAUUCUUAAUGAGGCUGAAUUACCCCCAAAAAAUCCUGGUUUCUACUCUUAUUUGUGCCAUCCAUCCAUUUUCUAUACUGCUUGUCCUCACUCAGUGGAGCUGGAGUCUGUCCCAGCUAACUUCUGGUCACCAGGCAAUCACAGGGCUAUGGAGGUUAAUUUGUGCCUUUCUUUGGAGACUGAAUUUAUGUAACUGAUUUUUUUGCAUUUGAAUUUUGUGAACUUACAUUUUUUACAUCAACUUAGGCUGACAAUUUAUUUGAAUAAAAAGUUGUGGGCAAAA